AUGACUUGCUUCCCGUAUUUAUGGGAAAAAAUGACGUCAAAUGUUGAUUUUUGUCAAUAUCCACAGGGUACUCGUGGUUCUAAUUGGCUAAACUGUUGUUUCUUGACGGUAUGCAUCCGUAACCGGCGUAUAUAAUCAUGCAGUUUCAUCUACGGGUCAGAUUUCGAUCGGUAAAAGUCAACGGACUGGUCUGGUAUCAUCGCUACAGUUCCCCGCUCUCGAUUCCGUAGUCCCGCUGACCUUUUGUUGAGUAUUUCAACCCAGAUUCCAGUUAAGCUAGACGGAUCGGAUCUUUAUGUGGGUUGGGAUCAAGAUAUACUCAUGGGAAGGACCCUUCUGGGAGUGUCUCUCUGAUCUGAUCUUCGAGGUUUCAGAAUCAGACCUUAUGCUCCUUCUCCCAAAGUAUUCGGGCUACUUGAUGCUGUCGACGGUUCCCAUUUUCUUAUGUACUGGGAGGGAAUAUGGAGCCUGGAGUUCUAUAACAGAACCUCACUUUAAUACUUAAUCAUUUUCUAAAUUUAUUUUUAAAAAGACUUAUUUGACAGGUUGUCGUCGCUGGAUCUCCAGUUGGCCCUGCAGCUCAGCUUCAGCCUCUUCCUGUCCCUCAACUGCCUCAGUUCCUGUCUCCAAUCAAUGUUCAGGUAAGCUGUCGGAGCUUUUUUAUCCCUCCCUUCCAAAAUCUAUGCGAUUUACAUCAGUAAUGUUCUAAGAAGACUUUUCAGGUACAAGAAAAGGCACAGUUAGUUGAGCCAUCACCUCUAGACGAGGUUAGUUUACGUCUAAAACACCUCAGCUCGGCAGCAGCUUUCAAAUUUGAUCUUUUCUAGAUUGUCGAAUUUUCCGUUCCUUCUAUUUUGAAUUUUCAUUUUUGACUACCAUCACCUUGGCAAGCUUCCAAGAAACCACCCUCCACCGGUAUAGCCUUUUUUCGCCUCAAUGAAUUUCCCUUGUCAUUUUACUUUGUUGAACGGCAACUCCCGUGUGUGAAAGUAAUGUGAGGAGCGGCGUGAUCGGCCCCUAAAUCGUUGGUUUGAACAUCACGGUUCUCAAGACGAUUGUAAAGGUGCUGCUAUUGAUCUGACAAUCGCCCAUUACCUGAAAAGGUCGCUCAAGAAAGAAUUCCGGAAAACGUUUAGGCGUACAUCCUACAUCCUCUCAUUUUUCCUAUCGUGA